UCCUCCGUCGAUAAAUUCCGAGGUGCCAAGACACUAACGGCCGAUCGCAUAACUAUUUAUUCACCACCUACAACAGUAUACCCAACGGCCCUUUCUACCUACAUACUUACUACACGACUUACCUUCCACCGCAUCACGCCCCACAGGCAGCCUCGAUUCAUCAUGUCUGACGAUCGUGAUCUCGAGGAUAUCGCCAAAACGGCGACAGACGACUUUUACGAGCUCUUGGGUGUAGCCUUCGACACUGCCGACAAUGACAUCCAUCGUGCUUAUCGGAAAGCCUCAAUCACUGCCCACCCGGAUAAAAACCCAAAUGACCCCCAUGCCGCCGAUCGCUUCAUUCGUCUGGGUAUCGCACGCGACAUUCUUAUGAGCGCGAACCUAAAAGCCGAGUACGACAGACAGCGCACGCGCAGACGCGAACGAGAGCUCCAGAACAGCCUCCUCAGCAAGCAAAGGCGGAAAUGGGCCGAAGACAUUGAGCGGAGGGAGCGCGAGGUUUUUACGGGCGGCAAGCGGAAACGCGAUGGCGAGAUGACGCCGGCGGAGAAGCGCGAGGCGGAAAUACAGCGGUUGGCCGAGGCAAGCAAGAGGAUCAGAAAAGAGUACACGGAGAAGCUGCAGAAACAGCGGCAGGAGGAGGAAGCGCGGUUUGCGGAAGCCAGCGCGGAAUCUGCGGCAAAACCUCAGACAACGAGCUCCACGGCGGAACUUGACCGUACAGUCAAGGUGAUGUUCUACAGGGAUGGUGAAGCUGCGGAGUGGGGGAGAGAAAAAGUCGCGCAAAUGUUGGAAAAGUACGGUAAAAUACUGUCCAGCAUCUCGUGCAAAGACAAGAAGAAGGACAGGCUGCCUGGCGAGAAACACAGAAAAGUAUUGGGUUCAGCGUUCGUCGUCUUCGAGCGCAUAGACCAUGCCCACGCAGCGGUCGUGGACGCCCCAAAGGACUACCCUAUCCUCGAUUCCGUCGUAUGGGCGGUCAAAGAACCAGAGUUCCUCAAGUCGCAGUCAAAGGAUCAACCUUCUGCACCUUCAACGCCUAUCGGUACACCUAACAAAGCGUUUCGGGCGUCCUUUACCGGUAGCGGGCUGGGUAAAGGUGUUGGUACGCCAGGAACGCCCAAAUUCGGCUUCUCGCCACAUGCCGCGACCUCCAACAGCCCCAGCAUGAAGGAGCAAACUAUGAUGCGACUCAAGCAAGCAGCCGAGAAGAAAAAGUUGGAAGAGCAGAUUCGGCGCCAGGAAGCUGAGGAAGAGGCCACUGCUGAAAGCUAA